CGGCUCCUCCUCCAGCCGACGAAGAGGCUCCGCAGGCAAAGUCCCCGGGAGAGGCCCCCUCCGGAGAAGAUGCGGCCUCUUUUGCUAGAAAAAUGCCUUCCUCUAUUGGAAGCGAUAUUCUGAAUCUCAUUCCUUCUAGUGAAAGGAUACUUUUUCCCGAAGACGAUGAGGAGGAAAAACAGAGAGUUCGCGCCAGGCCCGGGCCCCGAACGGUGCAGUCAAUGCUUUCUGAAGCACUUUCACAGUCUUCCCAUAGGUCGUCCAAAUACUUCCGAAGUAUGAGUGGCAUUCCCAACCUACAGGAGACAUUGAAAGAGAGACAGGCAAGGUUUAGAGAUGCAAGGGAAAGCCGAAGACUGCAAAUUGACCCUUCAUACAAAUACUUAUUUGAAAUUAUAUCAGAAGUUCUUGGCCUGGACGUAGUAGCCGUCGAAGAAUUACUUUUGGAUUGCCCAACUCUGGAACCACUUACUUAUUUUUUUAUGAAAGAUGGUUGUAAGACAUUGAAAUUCUUGUACCAGGAAGGAGACGCACCCGGCCUGGAAUGUGGUCGAAUUAUUGCUGGAGUAACCAAAGGGUCAAAAAUGAUGAGAUUGUACAUAGACAAUGCAGCCCCGGAGAAACUCAAAGGAAAGUGUAUAUUUUUUGUUCGCUGUCAAAAUGAUAGUGCCAUAAAUCUUAAAAAUAUUCAUGAGGAAGUGCUGUUUACUCUUCUGGAUGCCUCAAAAGGACUCCUACAUGGGAUCAGGAAUAUGUUGGCAAAGAUAUUUCUACCAGCUAUCCUUGCAACAAAUAAUUGGGGUGCUUUAAACCAAUCCAAGCAGGGAGAGUCAGAAAAACACGUUUUCACUGAAACAAUCAACAGAUACCUUUCAUUUUUAGAUGGUGCUAGAAUAAGUAUUGAGGGAACAGUUAAGUUAAAGAAUAUAGACAACUUUGAGUUUUCCAAACUGCAAACAUUUGAAGAAGUGACAGUCGCAGCCAGCAAUUCAGAAACUGUUCGCCAGCUAGAGGACGUGCUGAUGAUAUGGUACAAACAGAUCGAACAGGUACUUAUUGAGAGUGAGCAAAUGAGAAAAGAAGCUGAUGACUCAGGCCCACUCACUGAACUGGAGCACUGGAAGCGCAUGUCAGCCAAAUUCAAUUACAUCAUUGAACAGAUUAAAGGGCCGAGUUGUAAGGCUGUCAUAAAUGUGCUUAAUGUUGCACACUCCAAACUGUUAAAGAAUUGGCGUGACUUGGAUGCAAGAAUCACAGAUACAGCAAAUGAAUCAAAAGAUAAUGUCAGAUAUUUGUACACUCUGGAAAAAGUAUGUCAACCUCUCUAUAACUAUGAUCUAGUUUCCAUGGCCCAUGGAAUACAAAAUUUGAUUAAUGCCAUCAGAAUGAUUCACAGUGUGUCGAGGUAUUAUAAUACCUCAGAGAGAAUGACCUCAUUGUUUAUCAAGGUAACAAAUCAAAUGGUGACAGCAUCUAAAGCCUAUAUUACUGAUGGAGGAAUUAACCAUGUAUGGGAUCAGGAAACACCCCUUGUACUAAAGAAAAUUCAGGAUUGCAUUUUCUUAUUUAAGGAAUAUCAAGCAUCUUUUCACAAAACAAGGAAACUGAUUUUAGAAUCCUCAGGGGAAAAGUCUUUUGAGGUUUCAGAAAUGUAUAUAUUUGGAAAAUUUGAAGCUUUCUGCAAAAGACUGGAAAAGAUUACAGAAAUGAUAACUAUUGUGCAAACAUUCUCAGCCUUGAGUCAUUCUACCAUAGAGGGAAUAGAUAUAAUGGCAAUAAAAUUCAAAAAUAUAUAUCACGGGGUUAAGAAAAAGCAAUACGACAUUCUGGAUCCAAGAAGGAUAGAAUUUGACACAGAUUUCUUAGACUUCAUGGCAAAAAUCAGUGCUUUAGAGGUACAAAUACAGGCCUUUAUGAACAGUACUUUUGGAAAAAUCUUAUCUUCUCAGCAGGCUCUUCAGCUGCUUCAAAGGUUCCAGAAGCUGAACAUUCCCUGUCUUAAAUUAGAAAUAAAUCACACAAUUGAGCGUAUCCUUCAAUGUUAUGUGGCUGAACUCGAAGCUAUUAAGAAGCUUUAUCAUUCUCAAAAAGAUGACCCCCCUCUGGCUCGCAACAUGCCCCCAAUAGCAGGAAAAAUACUUUGGGUGAGGCAGCUCUACCGCCGGAUAAGCGAGCCCAUCAACUAUUUCUUUAAAAACUCGGACAUUUUGUCAAGUUCGGAAGGUAAGGCUGUCAUUCGUCAGUAUAACAAGAUUUCCUACGUGCUGGUGGAGUUUGAGGUGGUCUACCACACGGCCUGGACCAGAGAGAUCUCGCAGAUACAGUACGCUUUACAAGCCACACUUUUUGUGCGACAUCCAGAAUCAGGGAAGUUGAUGGUUAAUUUUGAUCCCAAAAUUCUGGAAGUUGUUCGGGAAACUAAGUGCAUGAUAAAAAUGAAGCUGGAGGUACCAGAUCAGGCAAAGAGAAUGUUAAAGCUGGAGAGUAAGUUGAAAGGAGAUAAAUUGCAUUUGCAGGACCUUCUGCAGUAUUACGAUGAGUUGUGCCAGGAGGUGCCCUCGGUGUUUGUCAAUCUGAUGGCCCCUAAAAUGAAGAAGGUGGAAUCCGUGUUGAGACAAGGGCUCACAAUAUUAACAUGGUCAUCUCUAACACUAGAAAGCUUCUUUCAAGAAGUUGACUCAGUUUUGAAUAUGUUCAAUCAACUUUUAAAGAAGAUCAAUGACUUGUGUGAGAUGCAUAUUGAUACGGUUCUAAAGGAGAUAGCCAAAACUGUGUUAAUUUCCCUGCCCGAAGCUGGUGCUACCAAAGUGGAAGAUAUGCUGACGCUCAAUGAGACAUACACAAAAGAAUGGGCUGAUAUUCUAAACCACAAGAGUAAGCAUGUGGAAGAAGCUGUCAGAGAACUUAUAUCAAUAUUUGAGGCUAUUUAUGAAGUUAAGUACAGUGUGAAACUAGGAAAACACGUAUCAGAACAUAGGAAACAUGUUGUUUUUGGAAGUGAAGCAGAAGAGACUGAAAACACUGAUUAUGAGACUUCAAUUAUGCCUGAGGUUGCUGUUAACGAGAAAGAAGAUGAAUUUAAAAAGGAAUGCAAAGAGGUCUAUGCUUUCUUCUCUCAUCAAUUACUAGACAGUCUUCAAAAAGCUACACGGUUAUCUUUGGACACAAUGAAAAAAAGAAUAUUUGUUGCAAGCCUCUAUGGACGAAAGCGGGCAGAAGAUGUCAUUUCCUUUAUAAAAACGGAAGUACAUCUUGCGAUUCCUAAUGUGGUGAUGGUUCCGAGCUUGGAUGACAUUCAACAAGCCAUUAACCGGAUGAUCCAGUUAACCCUGGAGGUCAGCAGAGGAGUGGCUCACUGGGGGCAGCAGCCCACCCGGCACAUGAAGAAUCUCAAGGUCAGUCCCAGCCGCACCGCUGACCUGGCGCAUCCAAGUGGAGGAAAGCAGCUGAAGAGGGAAGAAAGAUCUUUUGAAGACCUAAUUCCUGCGAGGAAGCUGAAGAAUUUUUAUCCAGGUGUAGCAGAACACAAGGAUAUUUCCAAGUUGGUCCUGCUCCUUUCUUCCUCCGUGAAUUCUCUAAGGAAGGCGGCCCAUGAGGCUCUGCAGGACUUCCAGAAAUACAAGACACUCUGGACAGAGGACCGCGACGUGAAAGUGAAGGAAUUUCUGGCUCACAACCCCUCUCUGACUGAGAUCAGAUCAGAAAUUCUGCACUACGCCACCUUUGAGCAGGAGAUUGAUGAGCUGAAGCCUGUCAUCAUUGUAGGAGCACUCGAAUUGCAUACAGAGCCAAUGAAAUUGGCCUUAUCAAUUGAGGCUAAGGCAUGGAAGAUGUUACUCUGUCGAUACCUGAAUGAAGAAUACAAAAAGAAAAUGUCAGACAUGAUAGCAUUUAUUACUGAAUACUUGAAAAAGUUAUCUAGACCGAUUCGUGAUUUAGAUGAUGUCAGGUUUGCAAUGGAAGCCUUGUCUUGUAUCCGUGAUAAUGAAAUUCAAAUGGACAUGACUUUGGGACCAAUUGAAGAAGCCUAUGCUAUUCUAAACAGAUUUGAAGUUGAAGUAACCAAAGAAGAAUCAGAAGCAGUUGAUACCUUGAGAUAUUCUUUCAACAAAUUGCAGAGCAAAGCUGUUUCUGUACAAGAUGAACUAGUUCAAGUGCAGCCAAAGUUUAAAAGUAAUCUACUUGAGUCUGUGGAAGUUUUUCGUGAGGAUGUAAUGAACUUUGCAGAAUCAUAUGAGUUGGAAGGACCCAUGGUUCCAAAUAUACCACCCCAAGAAGCUAGCAACAGGCUACAGAUAUUUCAGGCCAAUUUUGAUGAUCUGUGGAGAAAGUUUGUUACAUAUUCAUCUGGUGAACAACUUUUUGGAUUGCCUGUGACUGACUAUGAGGUUUUGCACAAAGUCAGAAAGGAACUCAAUUUGCUGCAGAAGUUAUAUGGACUGUAUGACACCGUAAUGGGCAAUAUUAGUGGUUAUUACGAAAUACUUUGGGGAGAUGUUGACAUUGAAAAAAUUAAUGCAGAACUGCAGGAAUUUCAAAACAGGUGUCGUAAACUUCCAAAAGGACUUAAAGAUUGGCAGGCUUUUUUGGAUCUGAAAAAAAGAAUUGAUGAUUUCAGUGAGUCGUGUCCUCUACUAGAAAUGAUGACCAAUAAGGCAAUGAAGCUGAGACACUGGGAUCGAAUCGCUGAGUUAACUGGAACCCCAUUUGAUGUGGAAUCUGAUUCCUUUUGUCUUAGAAAUAUUAUGGAAGCACCACUCCUUAAAAAUAAGGAUGACAUCGAGGACAUCUGCAUCUCUGCCAUCAAGGAGAAGGAUAUCGAAGCCAAGCUGGCACAGGUUACUGACAACUGGACCAACCAGAACCUGAGCUUCGCAGCGUUUAAGGGAAAGGGAGAGCUUCUACUCAAAGGAAGUGAGUCAGCAGAAAUCAUCACCUUGAUGGAGGACAGCUUAAUGGUCUUAGGUUCCUUACUAAGCAACAGAUAUAAUGCUCCAUUUAAAAAAAAUAUACAGAACUGGGUGUAUAAAUUGUCCACUUCCUCAGACAUAAUUGAAGAGUGGCUGGUAGUCCAGAACCUUUGGGUUUAUCUUGAAGCUGUCUUCGUAGGUGGAGAUAUUGCCAAACAGCUGCCUCAGGAAGCAAAACGUUUCCAGAAUAUUGACAAGUCAUGGAUCAAGAUAAUGCAGCGCGCUCAUGAGAACCCCAAUGUGAUCAGCUGCUGUGUGGGCGAUGAAACCAUGGGGCAGCUGUUGCCUCACUUACACGAACAGCUGGAAGUGUGUCAGAAGUCACUUACAGGGUAUUUGGAGAAGAAGCGAUUACUAUUUCCAAGAUUCUUCUUUGUAUCUGAUCCAGUUCUUCUGGAAAUUCUUGGACAAGCCAGUGAUUCCCAUACCAUACAGCCACACCUCCCUGCAGUAUCUGACAACAUAAAUGAAGUGACAUUUCAUGCAAAAGAUUACGAUCGGAUCCUGGCCGUCAUAUCAAGAGAAGGAGAAAAAAUUAUUUUGGACGGUCCUGUUAUGGCCAAAGGUCCCGUAGAGAUUUGGCUUCUGGACUUGUUAAAAAUGCAGAUGUCAUCGUUACAUAACAUAAUUCGAUCUGGGUUCUAUCAAAUCAGUGAUUCGGGAUUUCAACUCUUACCUUUCCUCAGUCACUUUCCAGCACAGGUUGGGCUUCUGGGAAUUCAGAUGCUGUGGACACAUGAUUCAGAAGAGGCUUUACAUAAUGCAAAAGAUGACAGGAAAAUCAUGCAAAUAACCAACCAAAAAUUUUUGGAUAUUCUAAAUGUUCUAAUUAGCCAGACAACACAUGACCUAAGCAAGUUUGAAAGAGUGAAAUUUGAAACUCUAAUUACUAUCCAUGUGCAUCAGAGAGAUAUUUUUGAUGACUUGGUAAAAAUGCAUAUCAAAUCACCAACUGACUUUGAAUGGCUAAAACAGAGUAGAUUUUAUUUUAAAGAAGAUUUGGAUCAGACUGUAGUGUCUAUUACAGAUGUUGACUUUAUUUACCAAAAUGAAUUUCUGGGAUGCACCGAUCGACUUGUUAUCACUCCGUUAACGGAUAGAUGCUAUAUCACUUUAGCACAGGCUUUGGGAAUGAACAUGGGAGGUGCUCCAGCAGGACCUGCGGGCACUGGCAAAACAGAGACCACGAAAGACAUGGGACGAUGUUUGGGAAAAUACGUGGUCGUGUUUAACUGCUCAGAUCAAAUGGAUUUCAGAGGGCUCGGAAGGAUUUUUAAAGGUCUGGCGCAGUCAGGUUCCUGGGGCUGUUUUGAUGAGUUUAACAGAAUUGAAUUGCCCGUCUUAUCGGUGGCAGCCCAACAAAUUUAUAUUGUUUUGACAGCAAGAAAAGAGAGAAAAAAGCAGUUCAUCUUUUCUGAUGGUGAUUGUGUUGAUUUAAAUCCAGAAUUUGGAAUCUUCUUAACAAUGAACCCCGGAUAUGCUGGGCGCCAGGAACUACCCGAGAACUUAAAAAUUCAGUUUAGAACUGUUGCUAUGAUGGUUCCUGAUAGACAGAUCAUUAUGCGAGUUAAACUUGCAAGCUGUGGUUUCCUUGAGAAUGUUAUCUUGGCUCAAAAGUUUUAUGUUCUUUACAAACUGUGUGAGGAACAACUUACCAAGCAGGUUCACUAUGACUUCGGGUUGAGAAAUAUCCUAUCUGUAUUGAGGACCCUUGGAUCUCAGAAAAGAGCCAGACCGGAAGACAGUGAAUUAAGCAUCGUCAUGAGAGGACUAAGAGAUAUGAACCUUUCUAAACUGGUUGAUGAAGACGAACCCCUGUUCCUCAGCUUAAUCAACGACCUGUUCCCAGGACUACAGCUGGACAGUAACACUUACGUGGAACUACAGGAUGCGGUGGCCCGCCAGGUUCAGGCAGAAGGUCUGAUAAACCACCCUCCCUGGAAUCUCAAACUUGUGCAGCUGUACGAGACGUCGCUGGUGCGUCACGGCCUGAUGACCCUGGGGCCCAGCGGCUCGGGCAAGACCACGGUGAUCACCAUCCUCAUGAAGGCGCUGACCGACUGCGGCCGGCCGCACCGGGAGAUGCGCAUGAACCCCAAGGCCAUCACGGCGCCGCAGAUGUUCGGCAGGCUGGACACGGCCACCAACGACUGGACAGACGGGAUUUUUUCCACACUGUGGAGAAAAACACUAAAAGCUAAGAAAGGUGAGAACAUUUUCCUGAUUUUGGAUGGCCCCGUGGAUGCCAUUUGGAUCGAGAACCUGAAUUCCGUGCUGGACGACAACAAGACGCUCACGCUGGCCAACGGGGAUCGCAUCCCCAUGUCCCCCCACUGCAAGCUUCUGUUCGAGGUGCACAACAUCGAGAACGCCUCCCCCGCCACCGUGUCCAGGAUGGGCAUGGUCUACAUCAGCAGCUCCGCCCUCAACUGGAGGCCGAUACUGCAGGCCUGGCUGAAGAAGCGCACUACGCAGGAGGCCACUGUGUUCCAAAGUCUGUACGAUAAGGUAUUUGAAGAUGUGUAUACAUACAUGAAACUAAGCCUCAACCCCAAAAUGCAGCUCUUAGAGUGCAACUAUAUUGUGCAAUCUCUCACUCUUCUGGAAGGCUUGAUUCCCUCCAAGGAAGAAGGUGGAAUUUCGAGUGUCGAUCAUCUUCAUAAAUUAUUUGUGUUUGGCCUCAUGUGGAGCUUAGGAGCUCUUCUGGAAUUGGACAGCAGAGAUAAGCUUGAAACCUUUAUGAGAAGCCACAAAAGCAAGAUAUUGUUACCAGAAAUCCCUAAAGGCACAAAUUACACCAUGUACGAGUUUUAUGUUACUGAUUACGGUGAUUGGGAGCACUGGAAUAAGAAACUUCAGCCAUAUUUUUAUCCGACUGACAGUAUUCCAGAGUAUUCAUCAAUUUUGGUUCCAAAUGUUGACAAUGUUAGAACAAAUUUCUUGAUAGACACCAUUGCAAAACAAAAUAAAAUAACUAAUGAGAUUGUGCGACAAAUGAUGGAAAUGGAAGGCAUGUACAGCUUGGAUAAGCCUGGAGACUUCACUACUAUUGUUGAUGUACAGCUCAUAGCAGCAAUGAUCCACCCUGGAGGGGGUCGAAAUGACAUUCCCCAACGUUUAAAAAGACAAUUUACUGUGUUUAAUUGCACAUUGCCUUCCAAUGCUUCAAUAGACAAAAUUUUUGGAGUUAUUGGCUGCGGAUACUUCGACCCCUGUAGAAAGUUCAAACCUGAAAUAUGUGAGAUGAUUUCAAGUCUGGUUUCCGCGGGCAGAGUGCUGUGGCAGUGGACUAAGGUGAAGAUGCUGCCAACUCCUUCUAAAUUUCAUUACAUUUUCAAUCUUCGAGAUCUUUCCAGAAUUUGGCAAGGGAUGUUAAACAUAAGAGCUGACGAGUGUAAUUCGAUCUCUGUUCUCCUGUCACUUUUCAAACACGAGUGCAACAGAGUCAUUGCAGACAGAUUUGUAAUGCCUGAGGACGAGCAGUGGUUCAAUGCACAUAUUGUUCGUGCAAUUGAAGAAAAUAUCAACUCGGAGGUGACAUCGUAUAUUCAUCCUGAGCCAUACUUUGUAGAUUUUCUCCGUGAGAUGCCUGAACCGACUGGUGAUGAACCUGAAGACAGUAUAUUUGAAGUGCCCAAAAUCUAUGAACUGGUGCCAUCCUUUGAAUUUCUGUCUGAAAAGCUCCAGUUUUACCAGAGACAGUUCAAUGAAAUCAUUAGAGGAACAUCUCUUGAUCUGGUCUUUUUUAAAGAUGCAAUGACUCAUCUUAUUAAGAUUUCACGAAUAAUUCGAACAUCGUGUGGAAAUGCACUGCUGGUGGGUGUUGGUGGGUCAGGAAAACAAAGCCUGUCGAGAUUGGCCUCUUUCAUAGCCGGGUAUCAGAUAUUCCAGAUAACAUUAACCAGGUCUUAUAAUGUGACUAACCUAACAGAAGACUUAAAAGUUUUGUACAAAGUUGCGGGGGCUGAAGGAAAAGGCAUCACCUUCAUCUUUACUGACAAUGAAAUAAAAGAUGAGGCAUUUCUAGAAUAUCUUAACAACCUGCUAUCUUCAGGGGAGAUCUCCAACUUGUUUGCGCGGGAUGAGAUAGACGAGAUCACCCAGGGUCUGAUCGCGGUGAUGAAAAGGGAGCUGCCCCGCCACCCUCCCACCUUCGACAACCUGUACGAGUACUUCAUCUCGAGGUCCAGGAGGAACUUGCAUGUGGUGCUCUGCUUCUCUCCAGUUGGCGAGAAGUUCCGCGCCCGGUCUUUGAAAUUUCCUGGCUUGAUAUCAGGUUGCACUAUGGACUGGUUCAGUCGCUGGCCCAGGGAGGCGCUGGUCGCCGUGGCCUCCUACUUCCUUUCAGGCUAUAAUAUCGUCUGCUCUGCUGACAUCAAAAGACAAGUUGUGGAAACGAUGGGCCUCUUCCAUGACAUGGUUUCAGAGAACUGUGAAAGUUAUUUCCAAAGGUACCGCCGGAGAGCGCACGUGACUCCCAAAUCUUACCUCUCAUUUAUAAACGGUUAUAAAAACAUUUACACGGAAAAGGUGAAAUUUAUCAAUGAGCAGGCUGAACGGAUGAAUAUUGGUCUUGACAAGCUCAUGGAGGCAAGCGAAUCGGUUGCGAAGCUCUCGCAGGACCUCGCAGUGAAGGAGAAGGAAUUGGAAGUGGCGUCUGUGAAAGCAGAUGAAGUUUUAGCAGAAGUCACAGUAAGUGCUCAGGCUUCAGCCAAGGUGAAAAACGAGGUGCAGGAGGUGAAAGACAAAGCCCAAAAAAUUGUGGAUGAAAUUGACAGUGAAAAAGUAAAAGCUGAGAGCAAACUCGAGGCCGCUAAGCCUGCCCUGGAGGAGGCGGAAGCAGCCCUGAAUACUAUCAAACCAAACGACAUUGCCACGGUCCGGAAACUUGCAAAGCCCCCGCAUCUUAUUAUGAGAAUUAUGGACUGCGUUCUGUUACUCUUUCAAAAGAAAAUUGAUCCUGUUACUAUGGAUCCAGAAAAACCUUGCUGCAAGCCGUCAUGGGGAGAGUCGCUGAAACUGAUGAGUGCCACGGGGUUCCUGUGGAGCCUGCAGCAGUUCCCCAAGGACACCAUCAACGAAGAGACGGUGGAGUUGCUGCAGCCGUAUUUUAAUAUGGAUGAUUACACUUUUGAAAGUGCCAAAAAAGUCUGUGGGAAUGUGGCCGGUCUGCUGUCCUGGACACUCGCUAUGGCAAUAUUUUAUGGCAUCAACAGGGAGGUGCUGCCCCUGAAGGCUAACCUGGCCAAGCAGGAGGGCCGCUUAGCAGUCGCCAAUGCUGAGCUGGGGAAGGCGCAGGCACUGCUUGAUGAGAAACAAGCCGAGCUGGAUAAAGUGCAAGCAAAAUUCGAUGCGGCAAUGAAUGAGAAAAUGGACUUGCUCAACGAUGCCGACAUGUGCCGGAAAAAGAUGCAGGCGGCCUCCACCCUCAUCGACGGGCUGAGUGGAGAGAAGAUCCGAUGGACUCAGCAAAGCAAAGAGUUCAAAGCUCAGAUUAACAGGCUCGUGGGUGACAUUCUGCUGUGCACCGGAUUCCUCUCCUACCUCGGUCCUUUCAAUCAGAUAUUUAGGAACUAUCUGCUUAAAGAGCUGUGGGAGCUGGAGCUGAGGGCGCGGAAGAUUCCUUUCAGUGAAAACCUGAAUCUCAUUUCAAUGCUGGUGGAUCCUCCCACAAUUGGCGAGUGGGGACUGCAGGGCCUACCAGGAGAUGACCUCUCGAUUCAGAAUGGCAUUAUUGUGACGAAGGCCACCAGAUACCCACUCCUCAUAGAUCCACAAACUCAAGGCAAAACUUGGAUUAAAUCCAAGGAAAAAGAAAAUGACCUGCAGGUGACAUCUCUGAACCAUAAGUAUUUCCGCACACACUUGGAGGACAGCCUUUCCUUGGGCCGACCGCUGCUCAUUGAGGACAUUCGUGAAGAGCUGGACCCGGCCCUGGACAAUGUGUUAGAAAAGAAUUUCAUUAAAUCAGGCACCAAUUUCAAGGUGAAAGUCGGUGAUAAGGAAUGUGAUAUCAUGGAUUCAUUUAAACUUUAUAUUACUACAAAGUUACCGAACCCUGCCUUUACCCCCGAGAUCAAUGCUAAAACAUCAGUCAUUGACUUCACUGUUACGAUGAAAGGACUUGAGAAUCAGUUACUAAGGAGAGUAAUUCUAACAGAGAAACAGGAGCUAGAGUCUGAGAGGGUUAAACUUUUGGAGGACGUGACUUUCAAUAAGCGGAAGAUGAAAGAACUUGAAGAUAAUCUCCUCUACAAAUUAAGUGCUACAAAAGGCUCCUUGGUAGAUGAUGAGUCUCUCAUCGGUGUCCUCCGAACCACCAAGCUGACAGCAGCUGAAGUGAGUGAAAAGCUACACGUGGCCGCGGAAACGGAGGUCAAGAUCAACCUGGCUCAGGAGGAGUUCCGGCCGGCGGCCACCCGCGGGAGCAUCCUCUACUUCCUCAUCACAGAGAUGAGCAUGGUCAACAUCAUGUACCAGACCUCCCUGGCCCAGUUCUUGAAGUUGUUUGACCAGUCCAUGGCCAGAUCUGAGAAGUCUCCACUCCCUCAAAAGAGAAUUACAAAUAUUAUCGAGUACCUGACAUACGAAGUUUUUACAUACUCUGUCAGAGGCCUGUACGAAAACCACAAAUUCCUCUUUGUGCUCCUCAUGACCUUGAAGAUCGACCUCCAGAGAGGAACAGUGAAGCACCGAGAAUUCCAUGCUCUCAUCAAAGGCGGAGCAGCCCUGGACCUGAAGGCCUGCCCUCCCAAGCCCUUCCGCUGGAUCCUCGACAUGACCUGGCUGAACCUCGUGGAGCUGAGUAAGCUCCCGCAAUUCGCAGAAAUCAUGAACCAGAUAUCGCGUAAUGAGAAGGGAUGGAAAAGCUGGUUUGACAAAGAUGCUCCAGAGGAAGAAAUUAUCCCUGACGGAUAUAACGAUUCGCUGGAUACCUGCCACAAACUCUUACUUAUCAGGUCCUGGUGCCCAGAUCGCACUGUUUUUCAAGCAAGAAAGUAUAUUGCAAGUUCCCUGGAGGAGAAGUACACAGAACCAGUUAUCUUAAACCUGGAGAAAACUUGGGAAGAAAGUGAUACACGGACACCUCUGAUAUGUUUCCUGUCCAUGGGGUCCGACCCCACCAUUCAAAUCGACGCCCUGGCCAAGAAGCUGAAGCUGGAGUGCAGAACCAUCUCCAUGGGGCAAGGCCAAGAAGUGCACGCGCGGAAGCUGAUUCAGAUGUCCAUGCAGCAGGGGGGCUGGGUAUUGCUGCAAAACUGUCACCUCGGCCUGGAAUUCAUGGAGGAGCUGCUGGAGACCAUCACCAACACCGAAGCCAGCGAUGAGUCCUUCCGCGUGUGGAUAACCACCGAGCCCCACGACCGAUUUCCGAUCACCUUGCUUCAGACUUCUCUCAAAUUCACUAACGAGCCGCCCCAAGGGGUCCGCGCAGGCUUGAAGAGGACAUUCGCCGGAAUUAACCAAGACCUCCUGGACAUCAGUAACUUGCCCAUGUGGAAGCCGAUGCUCUACACAGUGGCGUUCUUACACUCCACCGUGCAGGAGCGCCGCAAAUUCGGCCCCUUGGGAUGGAAUAUUCCCUAUGAGUUCAAUUCUGCCGACUUUACAGCCAGCGUUCAGUUUAUUCAGAAUCACCUUGAUGAAUGCGACAUUAAGAAGGGUGUAUCGUGGAGUACAGUUCGGUACAUGAUUGGAGAAGUGCAAUAUGGAGGCAGAGUGACAGACGACUUUGAUAAACGUCUACUUAAUUGCUUUGCUAGAGUCUGGUUCAGCGAGAAGAUGUUUGAGCCGUCGUUCUGCUUUUACACCGGAUAUAAAAUCCCCCUCUGCAAGACCUUGGACCAGUAUUUCGAGUACAUCCAGUCGCUGCCCUCCCUCGACAACCCCGAGGUCUUUGGGCUUCACCCGAAUGCCGACAUCACGUACCAGAGUAACACUGCUUCCGCUGUUCUCGAAACAAUUACCAACAUUCAGCCCAAGGAGAGUGGAGGAGGAGUGGGCGAGACCCGGGAAGCCAUUGUCUACAGGUUGUCAGAAGACAUGCUGAGCAAGCUGCCCCCAGAUUACAUUCCACACGAGGUGAAAGCUCGCUUGGUCAAGAUGGGACACCUUAACUCCAUGAACAUAUUUCUCAGACAGGAAAUCGACAGAAUGCAAAAAGUGAUAACAAUACUCCGCAACAGCCUGAGCGACCUAAAAUUAGCCAUCGAAGGGACCAUCAUCAUGAGUGAGAACUUGAGGGAUGCCCUGGACAACAUGUACGAUGCUCGCAUACCUCAGAUCUGGAAGAGGGUGUCCUGGGACUCGUCCACCCUGGGCUUCUGGUUCACCGAACUUCUGGAGAGAAACUCCCAGUUUUCUAUCUGGAUAUUUGAAGGGAGGCCCAAUGUGUUCUGGAUGACUGGCUUCUUCAAUCCCCAAGGCUUCCUGACAGCCAUGCGGCAAGAAGUGACCCGCGCCCACAAAGGCUGGGCCCUGGACUCGGUGACCAUCCACAAUGAAGUUCUUCGGCAGACCAAGGAGGAGAUCGUGGCACCCCCUGCGGAAGGAGUGUAUAUCUAUGGGCUGUACAUGGACGGCGCGGCCUGGGACAGACGCAACGGGAAGCUCACGGAGUCCACGCCCAAGGUGCUCUUCAUGCAGCUGCCCGUGCUGCACAUCUUCGCCAUCAACUCCACGGCGCCCAAGGACCCCAAGCUGUACGUGUGCCCCAUCUACAAGAAGCCCCAGCGCACCGACCUCACCUUCAUCACCGUGGUGUACUUGCGGACCGUGCUGUCCCCAGAUCACUGGAUCCUCAGGGGAGUGGCCCUCUUGUGUGACGUCAAGUAAGGUCAUUCCCACUCGCUGAGAGCACAGGAGCCUCGUCGACGGCCGCUGCCACCGGGAGUCAGAACCGUGUC